ACACACGCUUUUGACUGUCCGAGCAAAAUCCGCCCAAUCAAAUCAAACCUAAAAAUCACUUCUUUUUUUUCCCCAAAUCCCUCAAUUCCUCCCUCCCUCUCUCCACCUCCACCUUCAAUGCCGGAUGCUGCUCGCCUCCCUUGAUCCCUCCUCAUGCGCCCCGCCGGCGGCUGAUCCAUCGCCGGCGCCACGAUGCAGAUACGCCUCUCCCCCAGCAUGAGGAGCAUCACCAUCUCGGCUCCUGGAGCCGGUGCCGGUGCCGCCGGUGGUGGCUUGCUGGAUUUGGCCAAGGUCAAGGUGCCCCCACCUCGCCAUUUGUCCUAUCGGACUCUCUUCCAUACCGUCCUCAUCCUCGCUUUUCUUUUGCCCUUCGUUUUCAUUCUCACCGCCGUUGUCACCCUCGAGGGCGUCAACAACUGCUCCUCUUUUGAUUGCUUAGGAAGGAGGUUGGGACCAAGGCUUCUAGGCAGGGGUGGUGAUGAUUCAGUGAGGCUUGUAAAGGAUAUAUAUAAGAUUCUUGAUCAAGUAAAUUCUGAGCAAAUUCCUGAAAACUUGAAGGUGCCACAUUCAUUCAAAGAGCUUCUUUCUGAAAUGAAGAGGAACAAAUUUGAUGCCAAGACAUUUGCAAUAAGUCUGAAGGCAAUGAUGGAAAAUAUGGAUAAACAGAUAAAGGACUCAAUAUUUUCAGAACAGUUGCACAAACAUUUUGCAGCAACUUCUAUUCCUAAAGGCAUCCAUUGUUUGUCAUUGCGUUUGACAGAUGAAUAUUCAUCAAAUGCUCAUGCACGAAAACAAUUGCCAUCUCCAGAAUUAUUGCCCUUGCUGUCUGAUAACUCUUUGCACCAUUUUGUAUUGGCUAGUGACAACAUCCUCGCUGCCUCUGUUGUGGUCUCAUCAACUGUCAAAUCUUCUUUAUAUCCUGAGAAGAUAGUGUUUCAUGUUAUCACUGACAAGAAGACUUACCCAGCCAUGCACUCCUGGUUUGCCUUGUAUCCUCCUUCCCCAGCCAUUGUUGACGUGAAGGGUGUACAUCAGUUUGACUGGUUAACUAGAGAGAAUGUACCUGUUAUUGACGCUAUAGAGAAUCACCACGGUGUUAGAAGCCACUACCAUGGAAAUCAUCUCAUUGAUUUCAAUGUCACUGGUAGUCCAAAGGAGUUUGCUUCAAGACUGCUAGCUAGGAGCCCAAAAUAUAUUUCUCUUCUCAACCAUCUUCGCAUAUAUCUUCCCGAGCUCUUUCCAAACCUCAACAAAGUGGUCUUUCUUGAUGAUGAUAUUGUUAUUCAGCGUGACCUGUCACCUCUGUGGGAAAUCAAUCUUUACGGAAAGGUUAAUGGGGCUGUUGAGACUUGCAAAGGUGAAGAUAAACGGGUAAUGUCUAAGCGUUUCAAGACAUAUUUCAACUUCUCCCAUCACCUUAUAUCUGAGCAUUUGGACCCGGACGAGUGUGCAUGGGCCUAUGGGAUGAAUAUCUUUGACUUGAGUGCAUGGAGAAAGACAGACAUUAGAGAGACCUACCACCGCUGGAUAAAAGAGAAUCUCAAGUCAAACUUGACAUUAUGGAAACUCGGAACCCUACCGCCAGCUUUGAUAGCAUUCAGAGGGCAUGUUCACCCCAUAGAUCCAUUUUGGCACAUGCUAGGCCUUGGCUACCAGGAAAAGACCAAUCCCGAAACUGUAAGAAAGGCUGCAGUGAUCCAUUACAAUGGACAAUGCAAGCCAUGGCUAGAAAUUGGUUACAAACAUCUCCAACCGUUCUGGACAAAGCAUGUAAAUUACUCGAAUGAAUUCAUAAAGAACUGCCACAUCUUGGAGCCUCAGUAAUAAACAAAACAUGCAAGAACAAACAUCGGGGAAUCUUAUGCUGAGCGCAGGAUAUAAGGACAGCAAAGACUAAGGCUAUGAUGAAAUUUCUGCGCCUUAUGUUAACAGCUCGGUUCGAAUCCAUGUGGGAGUUGCAGAUGGUGAUACGGUAUUCUUUCCAUUUUGUAAUAUAUUCGAUUCAGUCCAUGUUAUAUAGAUUACUGAAGAUUAGUUCUUCGGAGGCUUUGUGAGGGUCGUAUUGACCCGUUUUGGCACAGAGUAGAGAAGCAUUACACUGCCCAUGAAAUUUAGAGUUAUCGUCGGUGGAUCGAUGAACUGUGGUAGAAGCAUUACAAGGGCUGUGGUUGGAUUGUUUUCAGAUAUUUCUAGCUCAGAUACUUGCUUUGGUUUUUUGUUUUGUUCCUUUUUGGCCCAUUUGUUUUUGUAUUCAUAUGUUGAUUUUAGCUGUUUUGAAGAUAAAUGUGAGGGGAAAACAUUUUGGAUAUUUGUUAUAUCAUUCAUGAGAUAUUGGAAAUGUGCAGUUGAUUCUUUUAUC